CCUAAUUGUUGUGAUAAACUUAUUAAAUAGAUCGAAUAGUCAGAUCUCUGCCGACACAAAAUGAAGAUCUUCAAGGACCCAAUCACCGAAUCUGAGCUCUUCUCCGAUGCCUUGAAGGUUGUGGAAAAAGGAGACAUUUUGGAAGUGCACGGUGCUUACAUUUCCCGAUCUGACAAGAUCAGUGACGCCAUGAUUGGUGGAAAUGCCUCGGCAGAGGGCGCUGAGGAUGACGAGGUCGUCGACGAUGAAGCCAAAGAGGCAGGAAUCGACGUCGUGUUGAAUGCCAAACUAGAAGAGGGACCGGAUUACACCAAGAACAUGUACAAGAAACACAUUAAGAAAUACAUCACAGAUGUCGUUGCACACUACAAAGAAAACGAGAUGGACGACAAACUAGAGAAGCUGAAGAAGUUUGCGAAGGGAUUCUUCGAAGACCCGCAGGUAGUUGACAUCAUGGAGAACGCUAAGGACUACUCGUGGUACCACGGAGAACACCAUGAAGCCAGCAAGGAGACCGCGGACGGAGAUAUGAAGCACAUGCAGGGGGUUGUGAUUCCCGUGAGGUGGGAGGACACUAAGGUCAGCAACGAGUACCCAGGAGGACAGAUCCCCAUCUUCAUCUUCUUCAGACCCUGCCUCAUCGAGGAGAAGUUUUAAAGCACCAUGGCUACGAUCUAAAAUGUAACAACAGCAUACAACACCAAUUAAAGAGAAUCACUCAAUGGUACACUUACAAUAUUUAAAGAACCAAUGAAGCUGGCUUUACGUUUGUUUAACACUUUCUGCUAUCUAGCUGAUUGGCGGUGGAACUGUUUGUACUAGUAGGCACAUUAGUUCGCUUUAUUUCAUGCAACCAACUAUCCAGUGAUACUGUCUUAAUCGACAAUAUGACGACUUCUUACUACGUGGAGUUGUUAUGGCACAAGAACUGAACCAUCUAGAAUGAACUCAUGCUACUAACUAUAAAUUAUCAUGCAGUGUAAUAUUUAAAACGUAAUUUGAAUAAUGAAUAACGUAUUGUUUUGGGUAUGUGAUGAUGUUUUGGCCAAAGUGGUGCUAGUAUAUACGUGUGUGAUGAUGAAUAUGAGUUUUGUUCGUGCCUAAUCAAUUCUAAAUUUCAAAAACGUC